ACAUUUUCUUAUUUAGAACUAAAUGUCGCAUAAUAGUGAUAAUAUUUCAAUUUCUAGGGAUAGAAAUCAUCCGAAUCACGGAUCUGAUAAGGAUCGCAGCCGCAGAAGGGUAUCUUCACACAAACGUAGAAGCUAUCACAGACACAAACCAUCAAAUUACCGGCAUAAAUAUGAUAGAUAUUCAAGAGAUUACAGCAUGAGUCGCUAUUCCCGAGAUCCUUCACGCAGAAGACUAGAAAGAAGAAGGAAUCAUUCCCAUGAUCGUCGUCCUCGUUAUUCCUCAGACCACCGUAUCAGCAGAGAGUACCGUCACCAAAGGCAUAGGAGAUAUUCAUCUUAUAAAUACAGAAGAGAUCGUGAUUAUAGAAGAAAUUCAUCAGACAGGUACAGGAGGCAUUCUCACAAGCCCAGAAAGCAUUCACACGAUUAUCAUCACAAAAACUACAAAUCCCACUCAAAGAAAAGUUAUGAUCGAAGAGUUAGAUCACCAUACGAUGAAAUAAUUCACUUCAAGUGGGAGAAGGAUAUGAAGGUUGGCGAUUACCGCGUAUUGAAUAAGAUCAGUGACGGUACCUUUGGAAGAGUACUAAACUGUGAGAAGGAGGGAGAAAAGUUUGCUUUGAAAGUAGUGAGAGAUAUAGAAAAGUAUACAAGUUCGGCUAAAAUUGAAGCGGAUAUUUUAUUGGAUAUCAAGAAUUCGGAUGAACAGAAUGAAAGCCACUGCGUUAUUCUACGUGAUAGUUUUAUGUACAAAGAUAGACACAUGUGCCUCGCUUUUGAAAGUCUAGGGCCAUCUUUGUACGAUUUCCUAGAGAAAAAUGAUUUCAAGGGUUUUUUUAUCGCAGAUAUCCAGCAUAUUGCAUACCAAAUGCUUAAGGGAUUAUCAUUCCUUAGAAAGAAACAGCUCAUACAUACUGAUAUUAAGCCUGAAAAUAUUUUGCUUACCUGUGGAAAGGAUGAUUAUAUAGAGGUUCCGUUUCCGAGGUCUACAACUGGUAUGAUGACCAAACGUCCAGCAACAGCUGAUAUAAAGAUUAUUGAUUUUGGUAGUGCUAUUUAUGAGGAUGAAUAUCAUAGUUCAAUUAUUAAUACAAGACAAUAUCGCUCCCCCGAAGUUAUACUAGAUAUUGGAUGGACAUAUACUAGUGAUUUGUGGUCGUUGGGAUGCACUCUAAUGGAGCUGUACACUGGACAUUUACUUUUUAGAACACAUAGCCACUUGGAGCAUUUGGCAAUGAUCGAAAAAAUUCUUGGAAAAAUCCCAGAGAGGAUGUUAGAUGCUGCAAGAAAGACAGAUGGAAAACAUUAUGUCCACCAGGAUCGCCCGGAACUCAAUUGGCCGGAUGGAGCAAAAUCAAAGUCUUCCAUUGAGAGGGUUAACGAUUGUAGAAAUGUAUUGGACCAAGUAAAGCCAGAACAUCGUGUUUUUGCUGAAUUCAUAAAGUAUAUUUUGAACCCGGACUCAUCUGCGAGACCUUCCCCAGAAGAGGCAAUGGAACACGAAUUUUUUGUCUUGAAAUUGCCAGAAAAUUAG